AUCCACAACAUUUUCCUUCUCUCACCGUGAGAGAAAGAGAGAGAGAGAGAGAUGAUUCUGAUGCACUCUCACUCUCCGGCGAUAAUCUCAGCCGUUAGAUUUCUGGGUUCGUCUCCGUACAACACUCGGCGACUUUCGCAGCCUAGUCUCUCAAUCUCUAGAAACAAGAACUUCUUCUUACACUUGACAGAGACGAAAGAAAAAGGAAGAAGAGAAGAUGGGAGGGUAUCGAUCGUGUGUGACGCAGGCGGGAUGUUUCCGGUGGACCCGUGGGCUCCAACCAUUGAUUCACAGAGCAUAGCAUCACAGCUCUUCGCUGUAUCUCUGUUUCCAUACAUUGGUUUCCUCUACUUCCUCACUAAAUCCAAAUCUGCUCCAAAACUCACACUUUUCGGAUUCUACUUCUUGCUUGCCUUCGUUGGUGCUACAAUUCCUGCUGGGAUCUAUGCUAAGGUGCAUUAUGGAACAUCGUUGUCGAAUGUUGAUUGGUUACAUGGAGGAGCUGAAUCACUUCUCGCUCUUACCAAUUUGUUCAUCGUGUUGGGUCUCAGACAAGCUCUGAGGAGGUCUACAGAUAAAGAUGCAGAAACUCCAACAACAACUCAAGAACAAGAAAAAUCUUCAGUCUAGUCCAAUACUUGAAAGUUGUAUUAUUAUUUAUUUCUCCGAAUUUUACUUUUUUUGUGAAUUAGCUUAUAAAUUAUAUAGUCAAAUUAAACAGUGUCGAGCUUAUAAUCUAUAGUCCAUAUGUUGUUAUAGAUGCGUGAGGCCAACGCUAGUUAGAUGCGCUAAGUUGUGAUUUUUUUAUUAUGCGAAAGUAAAUAAUAUUACGUGAAUGUUAUA